UUCAGGUGUCUUCCGCACGAUCAAUUAGUAGUUCUGUGCCUCUACUCCCGAGAACACUUUCAAUUGUGCCACGAUUUGUGCUGCUGCGUCGCGAAAAGUUCACUUGUUGGGUAUUUUGAGGGGGUUUCCAGAGUGCUGGGAAAUGAAAUGACGUGUUGACACUGCGGGCGCACCUGUUGAGUGCCAAUAGUCACCUUGGGAGUGGAGAAAAGGCGGCAAAAUGAGUCUCCGGAUGGAGAGGAGGCUCCAUCGGAGCAUUUCUCAGUUACUAGCAAGCACGGAUAACAUGAGCCUCGAGAGGGGCACAUCGAACCCAGCCGUGGAUGACGAAACUAGUAAUGUCACCAUUGGCGGAGCAUCAACUGCUACAAAGCGCGAAGGGGGUUCUUCCCUGGCAGACUGGAGUUGCGUCAAUGAUACUCUGUCUCCGGAUUCAGAGUAUGAUGAGGGUUUGGGCUUUCCGGACUCCGUCACCAUCCUUUCGAUGGUCGAUGGACCGGUGUUGGUAACUCGCGAGAAAGACGAUGAGGUUGUGCAGAGUGAGAUUCCCUUCCUGACAGUGUACAAAGAACCCCAGGGCUUCAAGUCCAUCCAGAGACGUGUCUUCAUCCCUGGCGUCGAUAUCCACGUAAGCAUCGUGAAUAAUGAGAGAAGUAGCACAACGCAUCUGCUCAAUCCCAAUCUAUAUACAAUCGAGCUGACGCAUGGUCCGUUUGUGUGGCAUAUCAAGAAACGCUAUAAGCACUUUUAUGCAUUGCAUCAACAACUCCGGGUCUUCCGGACAUCCCUCAAUAUCCCUUUUCCCACGAGAACGCACAAGGAGCGAAGGGCGAGUUUUAGGAAUAAUUAUACGGCUCCUGAUGAGUGUAAGGAUGGCAAAACGGGCAAGAAGAGAAGAAAGGGAGCUCUUCCGAGAUUUCCCAAUAAACCCGAUUCUCUGAUCCCAGUUGAAUCUCUUCCGGUGAGGAUAAAGCAACUGGAAGAGUAUCUGUACAAUCUCGUAAAUAUCAAUCUCUACCGAAAUCAUCAUGAGAUGCUAAAUUUCUUGGAAGUGUCUGAGCAAUCUUUUAUUGGGGCUUUGGGAGAUAAAGGCAAGGAAGGGCCGAUUCUCAAGAGGACAGGAUCAACGCGUCCUGGACAAACGGGUUGUAAUUUCUGUGGAUGUUUUGCCGGGGCUUGUUGCAUCCGAUGCAGUCAUUUUUGCUCGGAUAUCCUCUGUCGCAAAUGGCGAGAUCGUUGGUUCUUUGUCAAGGAAUCCUAUUUUGGAUACAUGAGGCCCAAGGAUGGUACAAUUCGAUGUAUCAUCCUCUUCGAUCAAGGCUUCGAGGUGGCUUCCGGAAUAAUUGGGACAGGGAUGCGCACUGGCCUGCAGAUUGUCACCUACAGUCGGCAUUUUGUGGUUAAAACUUGGACGCGAAGGAAGGCCAAGGAAUGGAUGAAUUUCCUCAAGUUGUACGCCAAUAAUCAGGCCAAGGACUUUACCCAGCCACAUCCACACAAUUCCUUCGUUCCCGUAAGGAAUUCCUGCUCAGCUGGAUGGUUUGUGGACGGAGCGGGAUAUAUGAGUGCAGUGGCUGAUGCUCUCGAAGGGGCAACUGAAGAGAUUUAUAUUGCAGAUUGGUGGCUGAGCCCAGAGAUCUACAUGAAACGUCCUGCCAUCGAUGGAGACUAUUGGCGUCUAGAUCAGAUCCUUCGCAGGAAAGCUGAACAAGGGAUCAGAGUCUUCAUUUUAUUGUACAAGGAAGUGGAAAUGGCCCUUGGAAUCAACAGCUACUACAGUAAACAGCGAUUGGCAGCCACUCAUGACAAUAUCAAGGUGCUUCGUCAUCCGGAUCACGCUCGAGUGGGCGUUUUUCUGUGGGCACAUCACGAGAAGAUUGUCGUUGUGGAUCAAACUUAUGCCUUUGUUGGUGGGAUUGACCUCUGUUACGGUCGCUGGGAUGACUAUCAACAUCGUCUGACAGAUCUGGGAAGCAUUGCGACGGCCAGUGCAGGAGGAAGUGCCACACAUGAUCCACUGAGCGGUGGAUUUGUACCAAGUAGAAGUGCCUCAGUGCCAGUAAUGGAUCCUAACAGUGUCGAGAAGCCUAAUCUUCCGGUUCUUCAGCCAGGUGACAAACUCUUGAUCCCACCAGGAUCAGCGACAUCUGACGACGAAAUGUGCGUGGAGAAUAUAAAGCAGAAUACGCCGGAAAUGGAGAGGAGGAAUAUGUUGGAUAAGCUGAAGGAGAACAUGAAGACCAAGGGGAAGGACAUUAUGCACAGAUUGACAUCGAUGGAUCCUGAACCGAGCAGGAGUGUUCCUCAGUCGCCAACGGAUCGGAAUAAGAAGUACAAUGUCACAAAGAGUAACAUAUUCUUCAACGAGGAUGAACUGGCUGAUGGCAAGAAGGGAGAUAGCAUUUGCGCUCUUCCGCCACAGAAUGAGAUUCUCACAGUUCUCGAUGGUCAGGCCAAGUACUGGAUGGGCAAAGAUUACACCAACUUCAUCGCGAAGGAUUUUGCAAAUCUCGAUGCUCCCUAUGUCGAUAUGAUCGACAGGGGAGUAACUCCAAGGAUGCCAUGGCACGAUAUUGGUGCUGUUGUCACUGGGGCAGCAGCCAGGGAUGUGGCUAGACACUUUAUCCAGCGCUGGAAUGCUGUUAAGCUCGAGAAGGCACGGGAUAAUCAGGCAUAUCCGUACCUGAUACCGAAGAGCUAUAGAGAUAUUAGGGUGCAUGAUUCAUUCCUGACGGUGGCCCUGCAGAAGGUAUCGUGUCAGGUGGUGAGGAGCGUCUCGAGUUGGAGUUGUGGCUUCAUUGAGUCUGAUGUGGAUGAGCAGAGUAUUCAUGAUGCCUACAUAGAGACCAUCACAAAUGCCCAGCAUUAUAUUUAUAUUGAGAAUCAAUUCUUCAUCACGCUCAAUCAGGGAAACAGUUUUGUGAAGAAUCAGAUUGGGGAGAGUUUGUACAAGCGUAUCGUGAGGGCUCAUCGGGAACGGAGUGUCUUCAGGGUGAUUGUCAUUAUGCCUUUGUUGCCGGGAUUUGAGGGUGAUGUAGGAGGGACAACGGGGAAUGCCCUGAGAGCCAUAACUCAUUGGAAUUAUGAGUCAAUUUCGCGUGGGAAGAGUUCGAUAUUGCAGCGUCUGAAAGCGGCUGGAAUUGAGGAUCCCAGUCAGUAUAUCUCAUUUCACAGCCUCAGAACUCAUUCCCUCCUCAACUGCCAGCCAGUCACUGAACUUAUUUAUGUUCACUCAAAACUCCUUAUUGCUGAUGACAAAGUUGUGAUUUGUGGCUCAGCCAAUAUCAAUGAUCGCUCGAUGAUUGGAACUAGAGAUUCAGAGAUUGCAGUCAUCAUUACAGAUGAGGUCUUCCAGGAGGGCCUGAUGGAUGGGAACAGGGUAAGAGUUGGGGUCUUUGCCAGUGGCUUGAGAAAAUUCCUCUUCCGGGAGCAUCUCGGGUUGAUAGAUCCUGAUCCGGAUAGGAUCCCAAUCGACGUGACAGAUCCCACAAUUGAUGCUUUCUGGCAUGGACAGUGGCAGAGAACGUCCCAGAGAAAUACGAAGAUCUACGAUGAAGUGUUUAGGUGUAUUCCAACUGACGCAGUAACGACGAUCUCCGGACUCAAGAAGUACGUGGAGGAGCCAUCUUUGGCCAAAUUGGAUCCAGGGUCAGCUCUCAAAGAACUUCAGCGGAUUCAGGGCUAUUUGGUAGAUCUUCCACUGAAAUUUUUGGAGGACGAAAUUUUGACUCCGCCCACAGUCAGCAAAGAAGGGCUGAUCCCAACGUCAGUCUGGACAUAGCAAAAAGUUAUGCAUUUUUCUGCAACAAUGAGAUUCAACUUGUUUUUCAAUUUUAUCAAUCCUAAAGUCUACAUUUUAUGUCUAAAAAAGUUUUAUUUCGUUGCGAUUAAUUUAUUAAGCUUUAUAACAGAGAUGACGCGCCGAGAUGCAAGAACAAAAGUAUUUUAAACGAGGGAUAUCUUCAGAGAAUCAAAAGUAUUGUCACAUUACCGCAAUUUCCAAUGCCAAAUGCAAUUUUUUUUAUACAGAACAGUGAAAAAAAUUAUAUUUUCAGACAGUUUUUUUGUCCAAUAAAGUUUUGAAUAAGCCGAAA